CCCCCGGCAGCGCUCUGGGGAUACAGCUACCUACGUUAGGACCCGUAUUUCCGCUCUGGUUUUGGUUCCUAGCUACCAGCCGUCCUGUUAGCCUCUGUUAGCCUCUUAGCUCCGAGUUUAACCGCCUAAAGUCUGUAAAUAAAACUAAAAUGACUCCACACUGAGUCUGCUACAUGCUGGCUGUUAGCUGCUAGCUCCUCUAGCGUUAUAUUCACCUGUACAGCGCAGCUAACGGAGCAUGCUAACCGGCUAGCUGCUGUUUCUGAGUCUGUUUGUUAGUUCUGAUGAAGAGGAAACGUUAGCAUGCUGCGGACUCAAUAACAGAGUCAUCUGUGUGGAGAAGUCUUUCUUUCCUCCCUCAAACUUCGUGAUUGGCUGAGAGGCUUCCCUGGCUGUGAUCUGAUUGGCUGAGAGGUUUCCCUGGCAGUGAUCUGAUUGGCUGAGAGGAGCCAUGCUGACCUAGGAUCAGCUGUUAGUCAGUGUGCUGUGUGCGGAGUAACACAGCGACUCAUCAUGUCUGAGAACCAGCCCAACAACAACAACGUCCCUCUGAACAACAACAACAACAACAACAUGGGACCCAACCGGCUCCGGAACCCCAACAUCAACCAGAACCCGCUCAUCAACGUCCGGGACCGCCUCUUCCACGCGCUCUUCUUCAAGAUGGCCGUCACCUACGCCCGACUGUUCCCGCCGUCCUUCAGGAGGGUCUUCGAGUUCUUCGUCCUGCUAAAGGCGCUCUUCGUCCUCUUCAUCCUCGCCUACAUCCACAUCGCCUUCUCUCGCUCGCCUAUCGACUGCCUGGAGGCGGUGAGGGAGCGCUGGCCGCGGGACGGCAUCCUGCGGGUGGAAAUUCAGAGGAACUCCAGCCGCGCGCCCGUCUUCCUGCAGCACUACGACGCCGCGGCCGGCCUGCAGGAGGCGCUGGGGGCGGGGCUUAGCCUGGCAGCGCUGCAGGAGGAAGACGAGGAAGAGGAGGAGAUGACCAUAGAGAUGUUCGACAACAGCUCCGUGCAGUUUGAUCUGGACAUGGAGCCUCGUCUGAAGCCGUCUCUGAUUGGAGGAGGAGUCGGAGGGGGCGGAGCAGGGGGAGGGGCAGGAGGAGGAGGGAAUGGCAGUCAGGACGUCUCCUUCAGUCAGACCACUAAAGGUAUGCAGCCCCUGGACGACUCAGUGUCUGAGCUGGAGAUGAUGACCAGAGCAGUGUGGCCUCAGGAGGAAUACAUCGUGGAGUAUUCUCUGGAGUACGGCUUCCUGCGUCUGUCUCAGAGCACCAGACAGAGACUCAACAUCCCCGUCAUGGUCGUCACUCUGGAUCCCAUGAAGGACGAGUGUUUCGGUGACGGAUUCAGUCGCUUUCUGCUGGACGAGUUUUUGGGCUACGACGACAUCCUGAUGUCCAGCGUGAAGGCGCUCGCUGAGAACGAGGAGAACAAAGGGUUCCUGAGGAACGUGGUGUCUGGAGAACAUUACCGCUUCGUCAGCAUGUGGAUGGCCAGAACGUCGUACCUGGCCGCCUUCGUCAUCAUGGUCAUCUUCACUCUGUCCGUGUCCAUGCUGCUCAGAUAUUCUCACCACCAGAUCUUCGUUUUCAUCGUGGAUCUUCUUCAGAUGCUGGAGAUGAACAUGACCAUCGCCUUCCCAGCAGCCCCUCUGCUCACCGUCAUCCUGGCCCUCGUUGGCAUGGAGGCCAUCAUGUCGGAGUUCUUCAACGACACGACAACGGCGUUCUACAUCAUCCUCAUCGUGUGGCUAGCCGACCAGUACGACGCCAUCUGCUGCCACACCAACACCAGCAAACGCCACUGGCUCAGGUUCUUCUAUCUGUACCACUUUGCCUUCUACGCCUAUCACUACCGCUUCAACGGUCAGUACAGCAGCCUGGCGCUGGUCACAUCCUGGCUCUUCAUCCAGCACUCUAUGAUCUACUUCUUCCACCACUACGAGCUUCCUGCCAUCCUACAGCAGAUCCGGAUCCAGGAGAUGCUUCUGCAGAACCAGCAGGCGGGUCAGCAACAGGCGGGUCAGCCAGCAGGUCAGCAGGCGGGUCAGCCAGCAGAUCAGCAGGCAGGUCAGCCAGCGGGUCAGCCGGCCAACAACCAGGCACAGGCGCUGCAGGACAACCUCAACAACAACGCUGCCACUACAGUCGCUGGGACAGAACCAGGACCGGAAAACACUGACCCACACGCCGCCCUGCAAACGCUGCACAGCGAAUCAAACGCCACCCUGCCUACAGGAGCGGGAGAGGUGAGGGCAGAGCUGAACUGGGUCUCUCAAACAGCGGCCAUCUUUACCGAAGCUCUGAGCACCGCCGGAGACGCAGCGGCCGCCAGCGUGGUGGCAGAGGUCUGGGUGGACGGAGGAGAAACGGGAGGAGACAGAAGAGGAGAAAGGGGGGAAGGAGGAGGAGAAGAAAGAGAAAGACAGAGCGAAACGGUAGAAGGAAGCGGAGAAAAAGGAGCAGGAAUGGAAGAUUUGAAUGUUGUUUCAGUAGAAAUUAAAGCCACAGGAGGAGAUCCUCCAAUCAGAGGGCAGGAGGGGGCGGAGGGGGUGGGGCCCCGCCCAAACACAGACUGCCCCCUCCCACAGAGCGGCACAGGUACAGACUGCAGAGCGCCACAGCGGCCGCAGACGCCGUCCUGAGGGCCUGACACGCUGCUCAGUCUGUCAGCUGAUCAGGGCUCUGGUCUGUGAUUGGACCAUCACUGAACAAACACACUUCUUAUUUUAAACAAAAACUAAAUUAAUUAGUUCAGUUUGACCCAACCGCAGGGUCCGCAAGAUUAUUCUUUGGAUGAAUGGAUGAGUAGUUCUGUCUCUAAAAUGUGGAUCAGUGUUCCCCAAGAUGACGUCAUCACAUGUCUUGUUUUGUCCACAACCUAAAGAUAUUCAGUUUCCUGUCAGCUGUUUAUGUAAAAAUAAUCUGCCUAAUCUGGGUGUGCUGAUCAAAAGUUAAAUUAAUGAUAAACCGUAUGAUGCACGGAUUCCUCUGGGCCGGGACCGAUGUUUGGUUGGUGGUUCCCUGUCAAAGGGAACCAAACUGUUUGAAGUCUGAACUCUGUUCUGGUCUGGAGGAUUUUGAUCCGUUUAAGAUCCUUGAAUGUACAGAUAUUUUCACUGAUUUAAAAUAAAUAUAAUAAAACUCACAAGUUGUAACAUCUGCAUCCCGAGCAACGCUAAAUUCUGCAGAUUUUCAUUCAGUUCCUCAGCAGUUUGUCUGGGCCGAUCCCGAUAGCCCAUGUGUUGUUAUUGGUGUUGGUUCUGGUUCUGGUUUUGUGACGGGGGAACAGAGGAAUCUUCAUGAUAUAAAAUACCAUGGCAGUUUAAAGUCUUAGUUGUGUUUUGGUCUGGUUUUUGAUCCAUGAAUGAUCAGUAAUGGAUCCGCCCUGACUCUGACAGACUGAAGCACAAACUGAACUGUGAUGCUUUCUGUUUUCAUCUGCUUUUAUUUUGAAAAGGACAGACUCUUUGGGAACAGGAAGUAGUUUUUGAUCGCGGCGGUGGAUCAGAACGGAUGCCUUAUCAAUAAUCCUUCGGACACUUCGGAGACUCCAGCAGCUGACAGAGGCAGCUGAUUGGUUGUGCAUUAUGAUGGCGGCUGUGUCACACCUCAGGCCCCGCCCCCUGCCACAUGUCUGCCGGUGCGUUCAGGUGCUCCUUGUAAACGUCAGCGUCGACUAGCUGACUCAGAUGUGUUUCAGUAAAAACCCACAUUAUUUUCUCCUUU